AGAUCGAGCCAUCGAGGCAUCGAAUGAACCAAAACGCCGCCGCCUCCACACCUGACCCGGCCGCCCCGGCGACCCACCUCCGCCCCCCGCCUCCCCUUCCCCCGUAGAGCACUCUCGCACGGCCGCGGACCGCGGCACCGCCCGACUCCGAGCUCGGCGACCUCCGAGCACGAGCAAUCUUCAGUCUUGUCCAUGCCACUGCCGCCGGCGAGCUCCGCUCGGUGACGUGACGUCCUGAGGACCUGAGCGCGACCUCUCAACGCUGCCGGUGCAUCGAGAUCGACUCGGCUGCUCGAGAAUUUGAAGUACACUUUCUGCACUCCUGAUUGCUCGGGACCUGAGGUGCCUACACAGAAUUGCUUCUAAGACGUAAAUUUCAUGAGAAGAUUGGCAGAACAUUUAUCUUGCAUUACCAGAUCGCUUUCCUUGAUACAAUGCAAGGAAAUGUCCUCAUUCUCUGCUGGCCAUGGACGCCGUCCGAAGAAGAAGCUUUAUCACCGCGAGCCUGGACUCGACAAGGCCAUGGACCUCCAAAAGAAGCCCGCGCUCCUCCUCCGUCUCCGUGAGCUCAUCUUGGCCCAAAAGACAGGUUCACUACUUGUACGUGACCUUGAAAAGGAGGUUGGCUUUGUCCAAAAAUGGAACUUUGUUGCACUUAUCGAGCGCCACCCCAAUAUCUUCCGUGUCUCUGGUGGAAGUACAUCGCGUGAACCCAUUGCUGUCACGCUUACUGAGAAGGCCAGAAAUAUUUCUGGCGAGGAGAUCCAAGCACAGGAGCUAAUGGAACCUAUCUUGGUAAGAAAUCUUAGGAAGCUGUUAAUGAUGUCCAUGGACUGCCAGAUCCCUUUAGAGAAGAUUGAGCUCAUCCAACAUGAAUUGGGUCUACCAAAGAACUUCAAGGACAAGUUGAUUCCUAGUUACCCUGAUUUUUUUUCGAUCCGUGAUGUGAGAGGAUUGGACCAUCUGUGUUUGGAGAGUUGGGAUUCUUCACUAGCAGGUACAGCACGAGAAGAAAAAUUGAACUUCGAUGAUUUCCAAAUGGAGUACAGAGGGGUUCCUAAAGAUGGCAAUAUGCUUGGUCCUUUUGCCUUCAAGUUGAAGUAUCCAGCCGGAUUUAGGCCCAACCGGAAGUACCUUGAGGAGGUGGUCAGGUGGCAGAAGAUGGCAUUUCCUUCACCUUAUUUGAAUGCUAGGCGAGUGGAGCCUGCAACUCCACAGGCCCGGAAGCGGUCUGUUGCUGUUCUACAUGAGGUCUUAAGCUUGACAAUGCAGAAGCGACUGACAUCUGAUAAGCUAGAAGUCUUCCAUAACGAGUACAGGCUGCCAUGCAAGCUACUCCUUUGUUUGAUAAAAAAUCAUGGGAUCUUCUACAUCACUAACAAGGGAGCAAGAAGUACCGUCUUUCUCAAGGAGGCCUACGAUGAUACUAAUCUCAUUGAGAAGUGCCCUCUGCUGAAAUUCCAUGAUCAGUUUUCCUCUUUAAUUGGACGACCAUGCUCUGACUUGAAUACUCCACUGGCAGUAUAGCUCGAGUAUUGAUUUACAUGAGAAGCAAAACCAUGAUGUGUCUGGCUGGUGCGCCUUCUUAGUUGAUUGCUUGGUGCUCACAUGAGCCCAUUUGCUCACAACAAACUAUGUAAGUCCUCUGUACCAUGGAUGUUUUUGCACCUUGGCUGUUAAAAGAUAGAACUGUAAACACCAACAUCACAUCUUCAACUAUGAAGCCUGCCUAGGAAUCAUGUUGCAGCUGAUGAGAAGUACAUGUUUGUACGGAGGUCACAGGUUCAGUUGAAAUGUAGGGGUUAGGUUGAGGGAUUUGAGAGGAUUAACUCCAAUUGUGUAGCUUAUAAUUCCCGGCAGUAUCGGGUCUGCUUUGAACUAAAAUAUGUAAUGUUGAAUUUGUUUCUCCUACUUGGAUGGCUUUCUAUGUUUGGCUCAUAAACAAUAGUCAGACACUCAUUUAUCUGAAACUCUGUUAUUCACCCA